AUGGUUCGUCUUCCGACACUGAACACACAGUUCCUCUCCAAGAAGCGCCAAUGUCUCUUUCUCCUAAAGUCGUGUGGUUCCAUGGACCAACUCCGUCAAAUCCAGGCACAAAUCCACCUCUCUGCUCUCUACCAAGACACACAUAUUCUCUCAGAACUUGUCUACUUUUGCUCCCUCUCUCCCUCCAAAAACCUAUGCCACGCGCACAUACUCGUCCACCACGCCGCCACCCCAUCACCUAUUUUGUGGAACAUUCUCAUCCGAGGCUACUCUGCGAGCGAAACGCCGCUUGAAGCCUUCUGGGUUUUUCGGAAAAUGCGGGAAUGUGGCGUCAUGCCCAACAAACUCACCUUCCCUUUCCUCAUUAAGUCUUGCGCCGUGGCUUCUGCACUUGGUGAAGGGAAACAGGUCCACGCGGACGCUUUUAAGUGUGGUUUGGCCUCUGACGUGUACGUUGGUAAUAAUUUGAUUAACUUUUAUGGGUGUUGUAUGAAGAUUGUGAGUGCAAGGAAGGUGUUUGAUGAAAUGCCUGAGAGAACAGUUGUUUCUUGGAACUCGGUUAUGACUGCGUGUGUUGAGAGUCUUUGGUUGGGUGAGGGGAUUGAGUAUUUUUUCAGGAUGUGGGGUUGUGGGUUUGAGCCUGAUGAGACUUCCAUGGUGUUGUUACUCUCUGCUUGUGCUGAGUUGGGGUACUCGAGCUUGGGAAGAUGGGCUCAUUCUCAAUUGGUUUUUAGAGGGAUGUUUCUGAGUGUUCAAUUGGGUACUGCUCUUGUUGACAUGUAUGGGAAGUCUGGGGCUUUGGGCUAUGCAAGGGUUGUUUUUGAGAGAAUGGAAAAGAGGAAUGUGUGGACAUGGAGUGCAAUGAUAUUGGGGUUGGCUCAGCACGGGUUUGCUGAGGAAGCUCUUUCGCUGUUUGCAAUGAUGAGUAACAAUAACAAUCAUGAUAUAUGCCCAAAUUACGUGACCUAUCUUGGGGUUCUUUGUGCUUGUAGCCAUGCCGGGAUGGUAGAUGAGGGUUACCGAUAUUUUCAUGACAUGGAAUGUGUGCAUGGGAUCAAGCCCCUGAUGAUGCAUUAUGGAGCCAUGGUUGAUGUAUUGGGCCGCGCUGGCCGUCUUGAAGAAGCUUAUGGUUUUAUACAGAGGAUGCCUAUGGAGCCUGAUCCGGUUGUUUGGAGGACAUUGCUAAGUGCAUGCACUGUACAUGAUGUGCAUGACCAUGCAGGGAUUGGAGAAAGAGUGAGGAAGCGGUUACUUCGGGUGGAGCCAAGGAGGGGAGGGAAUUUGGUUAUUGUUGCUAACAUGUAUGCUGAAGUGGGUAAGUGGGAGAAAGCAGCAAAUGUGAGGAGGGUGAUGAGAGAUGCAAGAAUGAAGAAGAUGGCUGGAGAGAGUUGUGUUGACUUAGGUGGCUCCAUGCAUAGGUUCUUCGCGGGGUAUGAUCCUUGCCCAGAUUUGAUACCUGUGUAUCAUCUACUCAAUGGAUUGAACUUGCACUUGAAAAUGGUUAACUGA